GUGCCACUACUUGUUCCUGGAGCUCUACAGCUUUGGCCUUGGCACCUGGCUUGCUUGGUUUGGCCCUGCCAUCAUUAGACUCUAUGAGGAGAAGAAUGGCAUCCAGCAGCACGACCUGGACUUCGACUUCCCGCCAGAUGAUGAGGAGUGGGAACAAGAAGAACCAUGGACCAGCUGGGGCUACGAAGAUGAGGAGACUCAGACCUCACCUGUGGGCUCCACCCAUGCAGCUGCUGCUGAUAGUGGUUCGCCUCACGGGAACUAUGCACGUGCGACUACAUCAUCGUCACCUUCGAGGCAUUCGGCUGGAGUUCAAUGGGACCUUCCUGGUGUCACGGAGUUGAGCCUAGCUGACAGCUUCGUCCUUGGUGUCCUACGUGGCUUCCGUCUCUUGCAGGCCUCUGGACUGUCACCAGACGACAUGCGAGACAUCAUCAGCGCAACCAAGGGCAGCCUCGAGUUCGAGGUUGUCACCAAGGCACUGCAGACUCUCUGGGACGACCAAUUGGUUGGACGUCGCCAUGCUGGUGGUUGGUCUCCCUCCAAGACCCAUGAGGCCAUGUUUGAAGAAGCAACCUCACCGUCUGAUGAUUGGUGGGAUGACGCCAACGUGGCCCAGUAUGAUGACAACUAUGAUGACUGGUGGCAAGAUGAUGAAGAAUGGGGCUAUGCCAUCGAGGAGCACGAGGGCACGAAGGCUUCUGAGGAAGAUGAUGAUGCGAUAAAGGAGGCCCAGAAGGCAGAGCAGAUUGCUGAGGGCUUGGCAAUGGAAGCCCAACGCUCAUGGGCUGAAGCUCAACGUGCCACUCAGGCACUUCGAAAAGAUCGCGGGUUUGGACAUUUGAUUGGAGGAGGCAAGGGGUCUUCUCCUGCCAGGUGCUGGACCUGCGGCGGCCCGCAUUUCUCCCGAGACUGUCCCGAUCGACGGCAUCCCUCUGUUGGCAAAGGCAAGGGCUGGAAGGGUCACUACAUGACUGACGAGCUCUACUACAUGAAGGGGAAGGGCAAGAAAGGCAAAACUGCCUCAUGGAUGGAACUUCAAGCCUUCCAGAAAGGCAAAUCCUCCAAGUCCGGCAAGGGCAAAAAGGGGACCAUGUCACGACCUUCCGUCAAUGCCUACACCAACGAGCUUUUUGGUUUAGAGUUUUCUGGAGCCUUGGAUGUCCAUUCAGCGACAUCACCUGUGGCUACCAUGGCCUUGGUCUCAUCCAUUUUGACCAAGGACAGUCAAGCGUCCGUGGAUCCAUACAAGAAUGCUCGUCCGUUCUUUCGUUUCGGCAACGGUGGAUGGGGUCGUGCACUUUAUCAAGUGGUUCUCACGAGCACUGUGAUGGGAGGGCGCACACCGACGGCCACGAUCUGCCUCCUGAUGCAGAAGAAGAUCGACGCCGACGAGGCUCUGCAGGGAAUGGUCGAACCGGUGUUCCAACGAGUGCCCCAGCUGAGCGAGAAGCCUCCCUUCUACGACAAGGAGAUGAUCAAGGUCAAGAAGGGCAACAAGAAGAGCAGCCGCGACACGAGCCCGGCUCCAUCAUGGGACAAGGACUACAUGGACCCGAGCGAGAUGGAGCAUUUGAUGAAGAUGCUUCAAGAGCGCAAGGCAGCAGCCAAGCAGGCUGUGGACAUGGAGACUGGAUCGGGGAGCCUGGCAUCUGCCUACGAGCCCUUUGAAGAGCUCUAUGAUGAGCAGCCCUCGCACUUCAUCCCGGAAGAAAAUGACACAGGCUUCUCCGAGCACUACACCAUCUUCCAAGAGUGCUACUACCAGUUCAUCCAGUCCUUCUACCAAGAUGCCUAUGCCUCUGCCCUUGAAGAUCGGCGCUAA